AUGUUACAAACCAUCGAAUACAUUGGCACAGUCUUGAGCUUUUACUAUAUUCCCAUCAUUGUGGGCACCGGGUCGAUUGGCAAUAUUCUUUCGGUGUUUGUAUUCUUCAGCACAAAAUUACGUAAACUUUCGUCGAGUGUUUAUUUGGCCGCUUUGGCUGUUAGUGACACUUGCUUCUUGUUUGGUCUCUUUGCCCAGUGGCUGAACUUUGUGGAUGUGCACAUCUACAAUCGUGAAUACUUUUGCCAGUUCUUUACGUUCUUCAGUAAUCUGGCAUGUUUUUGUUCGGUCUGGUUUGUGGUUGCCUUUACGGUGGAACGUUUCAUAGCCGUAAUGUAUCCUUUGCGACGUCAGACCAUGUGCACGGUGAGAAGGGCCAAAAUGGUUUUGGUUGGCUUGACGUUAUUGGGUUGCUUGCAUUGUGCCCCUUUUUGGAUUUCGUCCACGCCUGUGUACUCGCCCAUGCUGGGAACUACAAUAUGUGAUAUCAAAAGUGAAUAUAAGGACUAUAUAACGUUACUUAAUUAUUGGGACACACUUGUUGUUUUUGCUGUGCCCUUUACAACGAUUGCCGUCCUGAACACAUUUACCGGAUUUACUGUUUGGAAAUUUGCCACAGUAAGAAGAACAUUAACCAUGCAAAAAAUGAAAACGAAACAUUUAACACUACACGGUACAAUGUCAUCGCCUUCAUCAACCUGUUCAGCAAGAGAAUGUGGAUCAGUGACAACAGCAGCAACUACAAUGGCACAACAAGGUAUUUCAACAUAUCGUAUCACGGUUUCAUCCUUAAAACGACAAAAGACAGCAUCUUGUGCGAAUACAUCAUCACACUCCAAUGGACCACAGCAUCACACACAUCCUAAUCGUGCAACCAUGAUAAAACAUGCAACAAAUGGCAGCACUGAUAUAUUCUCCAGAAAAUCAAGAAGACGAAAAGUUACAAAUUCAUCACAAUUGAAGGUCACAAAAAUGCUCUUAAUUGUCUCAACGGUCUUUGUGUGUUUAAAUUUACCAAGUUUUAUUAUGAGAAUGAUUACGUACUUGGAGACUCAAUCAUCUACAAAUGAGAAGACAACCGUAGUGUUACAAUACAUUUUCCAAUUAUUGUUUAUAACAAAUUUUGCCAUCAAUUUUGUGCUGUAUUGUGUCAGUGGACAAAAUUUUCGCAAAGCAGUUUUGAGCUUAUUUCGCAAAGUUUCCGCAACGCAAAGGGAUGGCACAACACAGAUUACAGGUAAAAUUGAAUUAAAACUUUAA